GGGGAGAUCCGGGGCUGCGCCGUGGGCGGGGGCGAAGUGCCGGCGGGGCCAGGGCUGCCCUGGGCCCCUCCCCGGCCGGGUGUUUGCCGGGCCCGGUGGGAGUCCCGCGGCAGCCGGGCCGGGCGUUUGUUUUGGAGAACGAGGCGCUCCUGGGCUGUUUUUCCCCGGCUCAUCCCCUCAGGAUGAGGGAAAAGCUCAGUUUAAUGUACUGGGAAUAAUUUUUCUGGUCAUCCAGGGCAACGCCCACAGGGACCUCCGCGGUGACUAAUUCUGGUCGCCUGGCGAUUGGAGAGGUGCAGCUCUGCUUCCUCCCGAGCUUGUCGAACACAGCGAAGGCCCUGCCACUUUCUCUUCUCCUCCCUCUGACGGGGCUGCCUGAGGUGGCUUUUCACUGCUGGAAUUUGCCUUGCUGAGGGUGUGGAGAGUGGAGAUAAACAGCAAACUCUUAUUUUGAGUCUCCUUUCUCUACUGCGUCUCUGCUUCCUGUGGAGAGUUACAUGUCUGGUUACCUGCUUUCAAGGGAGAUGGAACAUUGAUCUUAUGGUUCUCCAGCCCAGCUGCUGCCUGCCCAAGACAAUUCCUAGGCCACCCAACCCAUGAGUGGGCACCGGAGCAUCAAGCGGCGAUGUGGGGAAUCGCACCUGGAGGGCCCCGCAGGCUGCGGCCACGGCCCCAGCGCUGCCUGCGUGCUCAGCAAACUGGUGCAGCUGCCCACGCCGCCCCUGUCCAAGCACCAGCUCAAACGGUUAGAGGAGCACAAAUACCAGAGUGCCGGACGGUCCCUGCUUGAGCCCCUCAUGCAGGGCUACUGGGAAUGGUUAGUUGGAAGAGUUCCAGCCUGGAUUGCCCCCAACCUGAUCACCAUCAUCGGACUGUUAAUAAAUAUAUUUACAACUCUGCUAUUAGUAUGUUACUGCCCAACAGCUACAGAACAGGCACCUCCCUGGGCAUACAUUGCUUGUGCUUGUGGCCUUUUCAUCUACCAGUCCCUGGAUGCUAUAGAUGGAAAACAAGCAAGAAGGACAAACAGCAGCACUCCGUUAGGAGAGCUUUUUGAUCAUGGCUGUGAUUCAUUGUCCACAGUCUUUGUGGUUUUGGGAACUUGUAUUGCUGUGCAGCUGGGCACCAACCCUGACUGGAUGUUCUUUUGUUGUUUUGCUGGGACAUUCAUGUUUUACUGCGCACACUGGCAGACGUACGUCUCGGGGACGCUGCGCUUUGGCAUAUUUGAUGUGACAGAGUCCAUGCUCUGCACAGUAGCCAUCCAGCUCCUCACGGGAACGCUGGGGCCCUCGUUCUGGAACUACACGAUUCCAAUACUGAAUAUUCAGAUGAAAAUAUUCCCAGCUCUUUGUACUGUGGCAGGAACCAUAUUCUCCUGUACAAAUUACUUUGGUGUGAUCUUCACGGGUGGAGUUGGCAAAAAUGGAUCCACUAUAGCAGGAACAAGUGUCCUCUCACCUUUUCUCCAUAUUGGCUCAGUGAUCGCCUUGGCUGCAAUGAUCUACAAGAAAUCUGCUGUGCAGCUCUUUGAGAGGCACCCCUGCCUCUACAUCCUGACUUUUGGCUUUGUGUCUGCCAAGAUCACAAAUAAACUGGUGGUUGCCCACAUGACCAAGAGUGAGAUGUAUCUGUAUGACACAGCAUUCAUAGGCCCAGCAUUGCUGUUCCUUGACCAGUAUUUUAACAGCUUUAUUGAUGAGUAUAUUGUCCUCUGGAUUGCCCUGAUCCUGUCCCUGUUCGACCUGCUCCGAUACUGUGUCAGUGUGUGCAACCAGAUCGCUGCCCACCUGCACAUCCACGUGUUCCGCAUCAAGGGCUGCCCCACGCACUCGAACCACCACUAGGGAUGGGAGCUGCCACAGGGGAUUGGAGAAGGAGUUGGGUUUCUACAGGAAUGGAUGAAGACUUGUAGGAGACUAAGGCUAAAAGCAGAUAAGAACAAAGUAAUUUAUAAUAAUCAAUGUUGUAUAACUUUUCUUCUUUGUUAUCAGUAACACUCCUUAACUAGUCUCCUGCCUGAGAGAGUGAAUUCCAAGUACACCCUAGUCAACUUUCCAUGUAGUCAACUCUGUUGGUUCCAAGCCUGGGAAAGCAUGCAGGAGGGAAAUGCUCUGUCUUUGUAAUUACCUUGAUUACAAAUUAAUCUCUCUAUGGUGAAUGGAUCCCCACCAACUGAAGUUUCUAAUGUAGUAUAAUUACAGCUGCAAUCUGACUUGCUUUUAAUUUUAAUAUUUCAUCAUCUCUUAGUGAAAUACUUGUUUAGUGUCCACUUGGAAUUUAUUUACUAAAGACUUGAGCUGGUAAAAACCCAGAGAUAUCUCACUAAGUUGUGUGGCUGCAGCAGCUGCCAAGUGGGAGCCAGGCUGGGGUGGUUUUUGCUCGUGCAUUGCUGACAAAGCGGUUUCAUGCUGAACAGGGUCCUGCGAGCCAAGGGGUGCCCGGCAUGCAAAAUAGUGUGGUAUCUUUGUCAAUUAAUUUUAUUUUUUUAAAUAAACAUUAUCUAAAAAGACAACUUAUUUCUCAAUUUUCUUCAG